CCCACCAGAGACCCGCCCACAGCCCUGGAACGCCCCGCCCGUCGCCCGCCCCCGCCAUCCCAGCCCCCCUCCGCCUGCCUGGGAAUCUCCAGACUCUGGCAAUCUCCAGGACCUGUGGUUUCCGGAGCUCUUCGGGGUCGCUUCGCCCGGAGGCUUCUUUGGCUUGUGCGCCCUCAGCAGAUGUCUGCCACUUUCAACAUGAGGGUCUUCUUGCCUGUACUGCUGGCAGCCCUUUUGGGUGUGGAGCAAGCCCAUUCCCUGAUAUGCUUCUCCUGCACCGAUCAGAAGAGCAAUAUGAAAUGCCUGUGGCCAACCGUAUGCCCAAGCUCAGACAAUUACUGUGUUACAGUAUCUGCUGCUGCUGGCUUUGGAAAUGUCAACCUUGGCUACACCCUGAAUAAGGGCUGUUCCGAAAUCUGCCCUCGUGAGAACAUCAAUGUCAACUUAGGUGUGGCAUCCAUCAAUAGCUACUGCUGCCAACAUUCCUUCUGCAAUAUCAGCACAGCUGGCCUCGGACUUCGUGCUAGCAUCCCACUCCUGGGCCUUGGACUCCUGCUCAGCUUGCUGGCUCUGCUGCAACUGGACCCCUGACCAUCUCCGUGUGUUCCCCAUAUCUCCCCCCCAGCUCAGGAAGGAAAGCUUGGGGGACCCUAGGAGCCUUCAGCUCCUCCUGGGUGUAUCUAGUCCCCCUCCACACUCUGUCAGCAUCAGGGCUAAGCACUAAAUUCACCCACAUCUGCUCUGUUGAAGUGGGACUAGCUACUCUUGUGUCUAGAGCCAAUCCUGUGGCCUCCCUUGGGGAACCAGGAAAGGGUUAAAAACCCUUCCUUGGAGUCUCAGAGUACCUAGGUCAGUACCAGUGUGUCUGUCUACCCAAAUGAAUAGACACCUCUAUGCACAGGGUGUCUGUGUGUGAAUGAAGCCAUUUGGAAUCUGGGAUGGGCAAAAGGGACCUGGAAGAUUCUAGAGCAGAAGGCCUCUGUCUCCACCAAAACUCCUUCCCCUGGCAUUACUGUGCCCAGGUAAGCCCAGGAGGCUGCGCAUGGAGGACAACCACUCCCAACGAAGGCUCCCGCCCCUAGAUCCAAUUGAGUCCCUGCCUGCCCUUUCUGCGCACACUGGCUUCCUGCUGCCAUUCUACUGUCUCAAAUAAACUGUUCCCACCCAUUCCUGCCCUGUUCUGGAUGCCGUUACCCCCCUUCCUCCUUGCAGGGUCUUCUUUCCCCUCCAGUCUGGAGGGACCUUCGGAUCCUGCAAACCCACAGCUCUGCAUAAGAGAUUCUGAAAGACCAGCCUGGUGUGGUGAUAAAUCCCUUUAAUGCCAGCAAGACAGAAGCAGCUAUCUGUGAAGCCAGCCGGGUGUGCAUAGUGAAUUGCAGGAAUCCAGGCCCAUUUAGUGGGAUGGGUCCAAGAAUAAGGAAGGGAGAGAAGGAGGGAGAAAAGAGAGAGAAUGAGACUGGAAGUAUGCUGUCCCGGGCUGUGUAAGCACAGCUGCCCAUAAAGGUGGACCCACCAGGCUGGUCACACAUUAUUCAUCUACACCAAGGACUUAAAGGCCUGCUGUAUGCCACCUGUCCUUCAAAAACCACAUUGUGGUUCAAGCCACGGAAGUGUGGCCAGGCAAAUGAUUUGUAUCUACCCUAUAAAUGGCUUUGUUUUGUGUUGUUUUUCCACCUAAUUUGGUUUGGUGUGUUCCCCUCCACACACACACAUACACACACCAUUUUCAUUCUGGUAUUUUAAGACAAGGUCUUACUAUGUUAGACUAGCUACCCACAGACUUGUAGUAAGUCUGCCUCUGCUCCUGAGUGUGGGGAUUAAAGGUAUGCACCAUCA